GCUCUCGUUCGUGCCAACAGUCCCACCCAUAUCAGGGGAAUUUCUGACGAAUUCCUGCUGUUCUGGAGAAAAAUCAACUCAGGUUAUUUUGUGUUAUUUUUAAUUAAACAUAAUAAAAAGAUCACAAGGAACGAUAUUACAGCAGAUAAAAAAAUAUAGCUGACCGGGACUUUAAUAACGCCAAAAGCUGAUUUUUAUUUCCAAAUGUUUUAAAAAAAGCGUCCCAUUUCGUAUUUAAAAAAAUGGCAUUACACUCGUAGUUAAGCCAUACUGACUGGUGGAGCAGUCUUUCCUCUGUGAGGGCGGGGCGCCGCUGAAACCACUCACUUCAGUCAGCUGCAGCCAUCUUGCUCAGCGCCUCGGGUUAGAACAUUUUAAAAAUUUAAGUCGUUAAACUUGUUGCAAACCCCAUUUUUGCUCAACAAAAAGGCGUGGAAUAAAAUUCCAAAGAGAAAUACUUCGAAUAAAUAUAACCACGACGGAGUCUGAUAAAAACAUUCGGUGAAAACCGGAUAGCCUCGGUACGAUGUUGUACUCCCUCGUAGAUCCCUUGGAAUGACAGCUGAAGCCAUUGGUACCGCCUUUUACCGUGCUGAGCAGCCAAUCAGAGCGCCCGAAACUACCCGGUUGGCUGUUGUGCGCAGGCGCACGUCAGUUGGUAAGCACCUCACUUUUCACAAGCUUGCAAGAGUGUGAAGAUGGCGGUUGGCCCCGGCCCGCUGGAAGAACUCUUUUUACAGUCAGGGGUGAAUAAAGCGGUAGUUUGUCAUCUUUCACGGUCUGUAGACUCACGGUUGUCGUUCAUGUGUCACAAUAACAGUUUGGGUAAUAAACGAGGCAGUCGGUAACUACAUUGCAAUAGUUCCGGGACUAAGGGAGUCGCGAGCUAAUGUCCAGCUGGGACUUGUUGGUCAAGACGAUUGCUUAGCAAAGCAGCAGGUACGGCGUACGUCGCUUUCUCAUUGAUCUCUCGGCUUACACACGACAAGAAGAACGCAGCGGAGCAAACUGCAAGGAGUAGUAGAUGUGCCACAGACUUUCCCCAUCACACUCGAGCGUUGGUGCUCCUUGUUUGAACAAGUUGAAGUGCGGGGAGGUCUCCACAUGACGAGCUCCCCGUGGUUCAUCGAUGGCCAGCACCGACUCCAGCGCGGGACACGAGCCGGGCGAAACGCCCGAUGCCGGUGACCGUGUAACGUCGCUCCCGAACCACUCGGGGAAAGUCGGCUCAAACUCGGCGCAGACUUUCAAUGGGAGCCAAACUAUGAACAAUCACAAUUCAGGAAGCGCUGCUGCUGUCGAGAGGACGGCGACAAGUGCUCCCGGGACCCCGGCGGCGGGCAGCGGCGGGGCAGUGCUGUCGAAGGGGCUGCUGACCAUGCCCCCCUCGUCGGGCGGCGUGAUUCAGGCUCCGCUCCUGAACUCGGAUGGUGAUGGUGUUGCUGCCGCGGCUCAAGCUGUGAGUCAGGCUCCGGGACACACAGUGACACUCAUCCGGCAGCCUAUGCAAACCCCGGGAUCCUCUGUGACUCUGAAUGGGAACAAUUCUGCAAACUCCGCUGCUGCUGCCGGCAGCACAACAGACCAGGCAGCUGUUGGCGUCCAAACAAACAAUGCAGCUCCACACAUUAUCAAAGCAGAGCCCCCCACAACCCUACUACAGUCAUCCCCGCAGCCCGUCCUGAGCGCCCCGCAGCCCCCCUCAAUGGCAGCUGGGGGGCUCCGGGCUCCGAACCCUCAGAUGUUGGCUCCUAGACUCCCUCAGACCUCCACGGGACAGCCCAGUGUUCACAACAUUCAGCUUCCCCCUGGAAUGGUGCUUGUGCGCAGUGAGAGUGGACAGCUGCUGAUGAUUCCUCAGCAGGCCCUUGCUCAAAUGCAAGCCCAGGUCCAGGGGGGCAUGGCCCCUCGGCCAUCUACACCAACUAAUAUGCCUCUGGGCCAGCCUCUCGGAAACACAAUCAUCAGUAGGCAGGUGUCUCCGAGCGCCAUCAGCCGACAAAGCUGUCCAGCCCCAACGCCACUCACUGCUUCUACCACUCUUCACAGGCCUCCCAUCCUGCAGAGCUCAGUCGGGGCCACUCCUAUGGCCCAGAGGACUCUCAGCCAACCAGUUGGGAACACCAUUACCACAGUAACAGUGAGCAAAGAAACUUUGGAGAACGUAAAGAAAUGCAAAAACUUCCUGGCAACACUCAUCAAGCUGGCCUCCAGUGGGAAACAGUCAUCAGAGACUGCAGCCAGCGUGAGAGAGCUGAUCAAAGAACUUCUGGAGGGCAAGGUGGAAGCUGAAGAGUUCACAAGCAGAUUGUACAAAGAGCUCAACUCCUCACCCCAACCGUACCUCGUGCCUUUCCUCAAGAGAAGCCUCCCAGCCUUAAGGCAGCUCACCCCAGACUCGGCGGCUUUCAUCCAGCAGAGUCAGCAUCCACAGGCAGCCUCAGGUCCAGUGUCCUCCUCUUCCUCCAGCACUGUGGUUCAGGGGAGCCCAGCCCCACGCCUGGCUGCUCCAGCCAUCAAACCCCAGCUUCAACCAGCCACUAACAAACCAGGACACCCCACCCCGCUGCUUGUCCAGUCGCAGCAGAGAACGGUGCUGAGGCCUCAGCUAGCCACGGCGUCCACCCCAAUGAUGGCGGUGAGGAAUCAGGUUCCUGCUCGCAUCAUUGUGGGACAGCAUCAGGUCCAGCUGAAGGAACUGCAGCCAGUUCCCUUGAGACCAGAUGGGGCUCUUGUCUCUAAACAAGUCUUCGCUGCAGCCUUGACCCCGGCUCAGAGGAACAAGCUGAAGGAGGCGGGGGGCACUUUCAAAGAUGAUGACGACAUCAACGACGUGGCUUCCAUGGCUGGAGUAAACCUCUCAGAGGAAAGCGCUAAUAUCUUAGCCACCAACUCUGGGCUAGUUGGUGCAGUGACGCAUUCCUGCAAGGAUGAAGCUUUCCUGUCCUGCGCUGUGCUGCAAAGGAGAAUGUUGGAGAUCAGUAAGAGGCACGGAGUCACAGACCUGGGCACAGAUGUAGUGACCUUCAUCUCCCAUGCUACUCAGCAGCGACUUCAGAACCUGCUGGAAAAAGUUUCUUUUGUGGCUCAGCAGAAAAACAUCAAUUUAAAGGAGAGUGAGAACUACGAGCAGAGCAGCGACGUUCGAGCGCAGCUGAAGUUCUUCGAGCAGCUGGAUCAGUUGGAGAAGCAGCGAAAAGAAGAGCAGGAGAGGGAGAUCCUCUUAAAGGCCGCUAAGUCUCGAGCUCGGCAGGAGGAUCCUGAGCAGCUGCGUCUGAAGCAAAAGGCAAAGGAGAUGCAGCAGCAGGAGCUGGCUCAGAUGAGGCAGAGGGAGGCCAACCUCACGGCUCUGGCAGCCAUCGGCCCCAGGAAGAAGAGGAAGAACCUGGACUCUCCAUCCUCCUCCGCCUCAGCCGAGGGAUCCGGAACAGGCUCCUCCCUGAUGGGCGGGGCUGGAUCAUCAAGCUCCAGACCCACGCGGCAGCGCAUCACACGCGUCAAUCUCAGGGACCUGCUCUUCUGUUUGGAAGACGAGAGGUUUACCAGUCGCUCCCAUUUUCUCUACAAGGGCUUUCUAAAAUAGGCUUGAUGUCGGGGGGGGGGGGGG